AUGGUAGAGAAAGAGCGGGAAGAGGCAUCCAUUGCCCCGCCCAUAGGCUCAUCCACAUCCACCCACAGCCUCUUGACAUGGUAUCAGUGCCACAGCAAUGUGUGGGAGAAAAAGAGUGAGAAAAAGCCUUCAUGGCCCCGCUCCUUGGCCCAUCUAGCCCAAGUGUUCUGUUAUAAAAUCUGUUUGGUUUCUGAUCAGAAUGUGUUUCCCCUCACAAGGCAAUCAUCAGAACUUCUAAAUCGGCAGUCAUCGAAACUCCUCCUAAUUCGGCAAUCAUCGGAACUCCUCCUAAAUCAGCAAUCAUCGGAACUCCUUCUAAAUCGGCAGUCAUCGAAACUCCCAAUUUUGCGGCAAUCAUUGGAACUCCUCCUAAAUUGGUAAUCGGCGGAACUCCUCCUAAAUC